AUGAGAGUGGACGGCACCUGGUACAGGACGAUCUGGCUGAAGGAUCCUGACGUCGUUCAAGUCAUCGAUCAGAGGCAUCUGCCACACGAGUUCGUGAUAGAGGAUGUCCGCUCUUUGGAUGAGAUGAGCAGCGUCAUCAAGGACAUGCAUGUACGAGGUGCUGGCCUCAUAGGUUGUGCUGCCGCAUAUGGGAUGUACCUGAGCCUUCGCGAGCUGAGCAAGACUAGCAGCGUUGAGGAGGUUCGGGAGCGCCUUGAGCAUGCCUCACAACAGCUGCGGGCAACUCGCCCGACAGCAGUGAAUCUCCGAGUCGGUGUUGAGAAGGUUGCGAAAGCCGUGGAAAGCGUCUGGGCAGCGGAUGGUGGCAGCCUGGAGGCUGCGUUGGGUGCUGCUCGCAAGGAAGCCGCCAGAAUCACAGAUGAGGAUGCUGAUUUCUGCCGCCGCAUCGGUGAAGCGGGGGCAGAUCUCCUGCAGCAGCUCUACGAGAGGAAGAAGGCAUCUACAAGCACUCCAGAAGAGAAGCUGACGAUCAAUGUGCUAACGCACUGCAAUGCUGGCUGGCUGGCCUUUGCUGACUGGGGUUCUGCAUUGUCUCCAGUUUACGCGGCUUUCGACAAGGGUCUUCCUAUCCAUGUCUGGGUUGACGAGACCCGACCACGGAACCAGGGAGCCUCGCUAACUGCGUGGGAACUGGUGGCGUGGUCAGUUCGGACUCGCAGAGAAGCUUCGCGAAGCUUCGAAAAUGUCCGCUGGCAGGCCAAGCAUGGAGUGGCGCACACCGUCAUCGCCGACAACGCUGGUGGUCAUCUCAUGAGGACCGGACUAGUGGAUGUGGUCAUCACAGGUGCAGAUCGAGUUUCGAGCUGCGGAGAUGCUUGCAACAAAAUCGGCACGUACUUGAAGGCCCUGGCGGCCAAAGACAAUAACUUGCCGUUCUACGUUGCUCUGCCGUCCAGUACGAUCGACUGGCGUCUUAAAGACGGCGCAGACAUCCCUAUCGAACAGCGUGGUGACGAAGAAGUCAAGUAUGCGGAGGGCCUCUGUGAGGAUGGCAAGCGUCGCAAGGUUCUCCUGACCCCCGCAAACAGCUCAGCUGGCAAUUGGGCGUUUGAUGUGACACCAGCACGUCUGGUCACGGGACUGCUGACGGAGCGUGGUCUGUCGGAAGCGUCGGAGAAGGGCCUCGCCGCUCUUUUCUCCGAGGCUGAUCGGACCUGA